CGGCGGCGGCCGCAGGCUUUCGGCGGAAGCUCCCGGCCCGGAAGGAGAGGAGAGGAAAGGAAAGGAAAGAAAAGAAAAGAAAAGGAAAGGAAAGGAAGCGUCCGGGGCAGCUGCUCGGCCUGUCCCGUCCCGUCCCGUCCCGUCCCCACCGGCCCCGGACGACGGGGACGGCGAUGGCGGCCACUCCGGCCACGCGGCCCGUCCGGCUGUCCCACCAUCCCAGAUUGCUGAAGUUGAAGGAGAAGUUCACCUCCAAGUUCGGAUCCACUCCUAAAUUUUAUGUGCGAGCCCCAGGGCGAGUCAACCUAAUAGGAGAGCACAUAGAUUACUGUGGAUACGCUGUCCUGCCUAUGGCGGUAGAGCAGGACAUCCUAAUCGCAGUUGAACCUGUGCAAACCCAAGUUCUCCAACUGGCCAAUACUAACCCUCUGUACCCGGAUUUCAGCGGCAGCGUUAAUGACAUUCAGAUUAACCCAGCCCAACCUCUGUGGCACAACUAUUUCCUGUGUGGACUGAAAGGAAUCCAGGAACACUUCAGCCUCCGGAACCCGACGGGGAUGAACUGCCUGGUGGACGGGAACAUCCCUGCCAGCUCCGGGCUCUCCAGCUCCAGUGCCUUAGUCUGCUGUGCCGGGCUCGUGGCCGUCACCGCUCAGGGAUUGACCCUCUCCAAGGUGGAGCUGGCAGAAAUCUGCACGAAGAGCGAGCGCUACAUCGGCACCGAGGGAGGAGGCAUGGACCAAUCCAUCUCAUUCCUUGCAGAGGAUGGAACAGCCAAGCUGAUCGAGUUCAGCCCGCUGCGGGCCACGGAUGUGCGGCUUCCAGCCGGCGUCGUGUUCGUGGUCGCUCACAGCUGUGUGGAGAUGAACAAAGCCGCAACCUCGCAUUUCAACAUUCGCGUGAUGGAGUGUCGACUCGCAGCCAAGCUGCUGGCCAAGUCCCGGGGGCUCGACUGGGUUGACGUGUGGAGGCUGGCGGAGGUGCAGACCAAGCUGGGUCUAUCGCUGGAGGAGAUGCAGACUGUGCUGGACGGCGCCUUGCACCCCGAGCCCUACAGCCCUGACGAGAUCUGCCGACAGCUGGGAAUCAGCCUACACGACCUGCGCUCCCAAAUCCUUAGCCCCAACACCCGAGAUGUGACCGUCUUCAAGCUGUACCAGCGAGCCAAGCACGUGUUCGGCGAGGCUGCGAGGGUGCUGGCCUUUCAGAGGGUUUGCCAGGAGGAACCGGCUUCCAUGGUGCCGCUGCUGGGAGACCUGAUGAACCAGAGUCACGAGAGCUGCCGGGAGCUGUUUGAGUGCAGCUGUUCCGAGCUGGACCAGCUGGUCCGUGUCUGCCGGCAAGGCGGGGCACGGGGCUCCCGCCUCACCGGAGCAGGGUGGGGUGGCUGCGUGGUGUCCAUGGUUCCCGCCGACGGGCUGGCGACCUUCCUGGCCCACGUGAACGAUGCCUACUACCUGCCCCGCCACCCCGCCUCCACCGCCGACGUCUCCUCUGCCGGCGCCGCCGAAGAUGCUGCCGCCGCCAUCGAGAGGCGGGCCUUGUUCGCCAGUAGGCCGGGGGGUGGGGCUUCGGUCUUCCUGGAGGCCUGAGGGCAGCGGAGACGCGUGAACGGCCUCUCCACUGGGUAGCGUGUUCUUCCUCCCGGGCUUCUGCGGCCCCGUGACCGAUGAGGUGGUGGAUGUGGCGACGGGUGUGGGGACAGGAUGUGGCGAUACGGGGGAGCGGAUGCAGUGACAGAUGUGAUGGAUGCAGGGAUGGGUGCAGGGAUGGAUGCGGUAGCGGGUGUGGGAGUGGAUGCCGUGAUGGGUCCGGAGACCAGAUGCCGUGAUGGACGCACGAAUGGAUGUGGUGGCGGGUGUGGGGACGGAUGCGGUGAUGGGUCUGGCGACGGACACGGGGAUGGAUGCGGUGGCAGGUGUGGGGGUGGGUGCUGAUGGUCGCUGCAGCAAUGGGUGCGUCGGUGGAUGUGCUGAUUGGCUCCACGGGGCCGUGGGGGCUCCCCGCGCCCUCCGCCCCUCCUCCUCCACCCAAAAUUGAAUCCGUAGGCUGCCGGCCCGCAGAACCUUGCCAAGACACCGCUUUAUUGGGAAUGUCCGCGCUUGCUGAUGGCUGGAAUAAAGAGGCGAAUCGUC